AACGUUAACCCUCCCCAUUCCCCUCCCUUCCCCUCCGCGGUCUCCACUCAGCUCCUCCGCAGCAGUUGCCUUCUUGCCUGGCUCUCACUCCAGAGAUGGCCGCGAAAGUGUGCAGACUCCUCCUGUCCCGGAGCGGCGUUGCGGCAGCCUCUCCCUUCUCCUCCUCACACCGACAUCAGCCACACACCAGCACGGAGGCUUUGUCUGGGCCAUUUGUCCACCAGAGUGUGAGGAGAGGACAUGGCCUCAGGUCCACUGGCAGGGCAGCACUCUUCAGCCAGCCCAGAGCCUCCCUCCCUUCCCAGGGCUGGAAGGGGACUCCCACAUGGCAGGCUCAGAGACUGCUGUGCUCACCUGCUGCUUCAGAAGAGGUGACAGUGGUGUAUCAGAACGGCUUGCCGGUGGUCUCGGUGAAGCUGCCGUCUCGACGGGAGCGCUGUCAGUUCACUCUGAAACCGCUCAGCGACAGCGUGGGCGUGCUCCUCCAGCAACUACAGGCUGAGGACCGGGGCAUCGACCGAGUCGCCAUCUACUCCAUAGAUGGAGCAAGGAUAGCCUCCUCUACGGGGAUUGACAUUCUGCUGCUGGACGACUUCAAGCUGGUCAUUAAUGACACUACACAUCUGGUGCGGCCACCCAGAAGAGAGCUGUUGGCCCAUGAGGAAGCUGAACGGAUGAACGAUGUAAAGUUUCUGGUGCAGCAGCUCUACACCACCCUCCGCAUAGAGGAGCACCAGCUCAGCAAAGAGAGAGAGCUGAUUGGACGACUGGAGGACCUCAACUCCCAGCUCCGCCCACUGGAAAAGGUGAAGGAGGAACUAAGUAAGAAGGCAGAGCGCCGGACCACCUGGGUGCUGUGGGGGGGCAUGGCCUACAUGGCCACUCAGUUUGGCGUGCUGGCACGGCUCACCUGGUGGGAGUACUCAUGGGAUAUCAUGGAGCCCGUCACCUACUUCAUCACCUACGGCACAGCCAUGGCCAUGUACGCCUACUUUGUGCUCACACGCCAGGAGUAUAUUUACCCCGAUGCCAGAGACAGGCAGUAUCUGCUGUUCUUCCACAAGGGGGUGAAGAGGACACGCUUUGACAUUGAAAAGUACAACAAACUGAAGGAUGCUAUUGCCGAGGCGGAGUUGGACCUGAAGCGUCUGAGAGAUCCUCUCCAACUGCAUCUCCCCAUCCAGCAGAUCAGCACCAGCAAGGAUUGACGGGAAGAGUGAAAGCCUCCCUUCCUCCUUCCCUCCCUCCCCCUCUUUCUCUCUCACUCCCUCUCUCUCUGUCCCUCUCUCCGUCCGCACUUUUUUCAUUUCUUCUUUUGGUUACCUGUUCUUAAUGUUUUCCCCACCACCUCCUUUGAUUCUCUCUCUCUACUCUCUUUCGUUCUCUCUCUCUCUCUCUCUCUCUCUCUCUCUCUCUCUCUCUCUGACCUCUGACAGAACCAUCUCCACAUGAAGCAUUGGAGGUUUUUUUAUUACUAACGUUUUUAAGUUCUUUGUUUUUUUGUUUUUGAAAACUCUGAGCAAACAAGGCGAGUCAAAGCAGAGGAGGAGGGGACGGAACGCAAUCAACAGAAAGAAUGAAAGAAGCCUGAAUCCUCUCUGGUGCUGGAGGGCGAGAAUGCUAGUCGUGCCUGCAGCCCUGUGCACUCUGGACCACAGAGAAGAACAACAGCAGCCUGUAGGAAGUCCCUGCUGCCUAACAGGACGUGACACCUGGAUUUGGACAUUACACCUCCAAUGGACAGUGACCCCACUCCCUGCAUGGGACAUGGAAAAAAAAAAAAAAAUGAAAACAAAAGACACACGUGCACACAAGCUCUGUGGCUCAGCACCUUGGAAGCCUGAGAGCUCCACUCAGCUCUUUGGGUGAACUUUUCUUUUUACAGAGAAGUUGUACACGCCAAAAGAUCUCGGGCCGCUGCGCUCUUUACCAGUGUCGAUGAGGGACAUUCAGCUGCAGGAGAGCUCGUCUGGACCCCCUGUCGCAGCCGCCUGUUAUGUGACGUGCAAACAAAGAGCGAACACUGCUGCUACAUGCGUGAAAGGAGAAAGGGGUCAUUACUUGCUGUACGGACCUGUUCCAGGCUGCAGACCAGAGAUAUACCGGCUAAACAUCACUGUGUGUUCUAUUAUUCCAAAAAAAAAAAGGAAAAAAAAGAAAAGAAAAAAAGAAAAAGGAAAAUAACACAAAACAAAGUCAAUUUUGGCACUUUUUAUUUUAAAAGCCAUAUUAUAUUUGUUAUGAUGAGUGAAAAAAAAUUCAUAUCUAAGAGAAUGACUCGAAUCUACUUUUCAUUUCUUACUGGUGGAGGAGUUUUUUAAUCAUCUUGUCAGACAUCACUUACCGACAUUCAGUUGUAUACAAACGUUUGAACACCCCUGGUCAAAUUGCUUGUGUUUUUGUUGGCUUUCUAAUUGAAAACAAGGAAUGAAUCUAAAUUAUGCCGUUUUCUGCUAAAUUUAGUGAAUUAUUUUUAUUCCUUUGCUGAAUUUCACUAAAAAAUAAAACAUAAAAUAAAUGUUGUGCUUCUGUAUGACCGUUGUUUGUUUUAUUUAGCUAAAUUCAGCAAAUUAACAGUUAUUGACCUUUAAAAUACUUAUUUUCACUUCACAAUUCAACAUUCAAAUCAAGUAAUUUGACCAAGGCCACCCAAACGUUUGCAUACGACUGCAGAACCUUUCUUUACUAUCUUAACCCCACACCAGGUCAGUUCCAUGUUCUCAUACAUACAAACGGCUUCUGACAUAACUAUGACCCUCACACGGCCACGCCGUUUUCUCGACGCAGUCUAUUAAACGGUGACAUCAAUUCUAAAUGAGCUUACAUCUGCGCAGUUGCUUGGAAUACAAUUUAGCAGAGGAUUACAUAUUCGGAAGCUUGUCAUUCGUCUUCAUUGAGAAAAACUACUUUACCCACAGUGCCUCACAGCACCCCGAGCAGCGUGCUGGUCAGGGCUCUGCUAUACUCCUGCAUGGCCACACCUGCAGCUCUGUCUCUCAGCCUCAGCACCCCCUCAAGACAGAUACGCCCACCCUUCAGGACUAAGGGCUGCUGACGUGUAAGAUGCUUCAAAGGAAGAAAAAAAAGAAAGAAUAUUAAACACGUCAGUGAG